AUGAUUAUUCCGGUAAAUGAUUUGUUAGCAUUUCAGGCGUUCGAUGAUUAUCCUAAAUCAUUUGGUGAUAUCAUUCUUAAAUAUUAUGUUUUCAGGGAUACUUUAGUAUUUUGUCAGGUUGACCCGUUAAGAGUUGCUGAUUUACAAAAUUACGUUUAUGAAAAGAUAACUGAUGAAAAUUAUGAAAAGAUUAUGAAUCAUGUUUAUAAAUAUGAUCGCAAAUUCCAACAAAUCGGAAUUCCUACCAAAUUAAUUACAAGCUUAGCCACUACAUCUGCUGACGCAACAGUUGAUGACGUUAUUAUUUCAUGCACAAAGAUGGAAGUUUUAGAGGAUAAAUGCAUUACACCAGGAUACGGUUUAAUUGAAGAAUCAGUUAAAGCAAUACCACGUUUAUUCAGUAAGGAAGAUCCAUUCAUGAUUCCAGCUCAACAUAUUGACGUUCGUUCACUAAAUGGAGGUUGCAUCACUCCUGAAGGUAUCAGCUCAGAUUUCUCAUACGCUCUUCAUAAUGUUACAGAUGUUGUGUUAGCAUUUCCGAAGAAUGCAAUGCAAAGAACAGUUUUAGAAAAUCCAAUGCUUCGAGGUCUUCAGGUCACUAUAGAUUCCAGAAACUUCCCCGAUCAAGCGAUGACAACAGUGGGUGACAUAUUCUUUACACGUAUGCUUCAAGCUUCUGAUUUAGAUGGAGUGAAUGAAUGCACAGAAGAAUACGAGGACUCAUUAACUAGACCACUGAAUGCAGAUGAUGGCACGCCAUUAGCUAGAACAUGGAAAGACCAAACUUCAUUCUUAUGCACUAUUCCAGUUCAACGUGAUGGAGCGG